UACAGCGUGAAGUACAUCAAGUGAACAGGAAGAAACAUUUAAAUCAUUUAGAGCAGUAUUUACAUGAAAAACAAGAGCUUUUUGAUUAUGGCUGCUCUAUAUAUGAAUGAAAGUUUUACAAAAAAUGACAAUAUAAUAGAAGAAGGUAUUGUCAAAGAAACGGAUAUAAAGACUGAUGUGUAUGAAUUGAUACAGAAAACUAAGGAUUGCGAGUUAUAUCAGACAUUAGAAAAGAGCAAAUCAAAUCAGGAAGUUGACACAAAACGAUGUAAAGUUAUUUCAGGGAAGAAAAUAAUGUAUAUGUUUCUAAUAUUCCUGUCGGCGUCAGUCAUUGGGACACUUAUUGGUGUUGUCAUUCUAUUCACUUCUACUACUAGAACAGAUGGAAGCUGGGAAAGCUGGCAGAUGUGGAGUAGCUGUAGCAAUGAUUGCGGUGGUGGUUUCAGAACAAGGUCAAGGACUUGCUCAAAUCCAACACCGUCUCCUUUAGGAAGAUAUUGUCAAGGAAACUCCAUUGGUAUCGAGUCGUGUGAAAACGAAAAUUGUGAUAGAAGCUGGGAAAACUGGCUGAUGUGGAGUAACUGUAGUGCUGAUGGCGGUGCUGGCUUCAGGACAAGAUCAAGGACUUGCUCAAAUACAACAUUGUCUCCUUUUGGCAGCUAUUGUCAAGGAAACUCCAUUGGUAUCGAGUCGUGUGAAAACCAAAAUUGUGAUGGAAGCUGGGAAAACUGGCUGAUGUGGAGUAACUGUAGUGCUGAUUGCGGUGCUGGCUUCAGGACAAGGUCAAGGACUUGUUCAAAUACAACAUUGUCUCCUUUUGGCAGAUAUCGUCAAGGAAACUCAAUUGAUAUCGAGUCGUGUGAAAACCAAAAUUGUGAUGUCUGUCAGUCUCGACCAUGCCAUGCCGGUAUCUGCAUAUCAAAAGGGGACGAUUUUGAUUGCGUAUGUCUGUCUGGUUAUACAGGACGUUUCUGCGAAAAUAUGCUAUCAGAUUGUUUUGAUAUUUUACGUUACGGUGGAAAUAGAAAAGACGGGGUUUAUACACUCAGAACAUGGAAAAGUCAUCAGCUUAUUAAAGUAUAUUGCGACAUGACAACAGAUGGAGGAGGUUGGGCAGUGUUUCAGUACCGUUUUAAUGGAUCAGUGGAUUUUUACAGAAAGUUUUCUGAGUAUGAGCAAGGAUUUGGAAAUUUGAAAACUGAAUUUUGGCUUGGUCUGAUGUACAUUGAAGAGUUGGCUAGUCAAGGACGCACUGACCUGCGGAUUGAUUUAGAAGCACCAGAUGGAAAAACAGGAUUUGAGAAAUUCGACAAUUUCUCCCUUUCCGCUGGACCGGCGUAUACCCUGCAUAUUGGAACAACUAUAGCUUCUUCGGGAAUUUUCAGCGUCUACAGCUUUGGUCCAUUUCAUAAUGGCAUGAAUUUUACAACAUAUGAUCACGAUGCGGACUUUAAUAAAGACGACAACUGUGCUAGAGUGUUCCACGGUGCCUGGUGGUAUAACAAUUGCUAUAUGGCCAAUCUAAAUGGAGAGUACAUAUCACCAGGGACAUACACGGCUAGAUCUAUGACUUACAGAAGCUUCUUAGGUUUAGAUUUCACUUCCUUGAAAUCCAGCAAGAUGAUGAUGAAAAGAAACUGAAAAUCGUAGUAAACAAUUGAAAUGUUUAAGUUGUAUGUGGUUCACUUUUGUACUUUCUUACUCAUAUAUGUUUCAUUUUAAUUGACUGAUACAUAUAUAUAUAUAAAAUAUUUCAUUUCGUGUAGCAGUCUGUACGUACAUUGCCAUGUUAGUGUCAUACUUUUUUUUUUGGUUGAAUGUAGCUAUAUACAAUUUGUAUAUUUUAUACGAACAUUUAGAUAUAUUUAUGACAUAUGCCAUAUCAUGUCGCUGUUGUUCUGUGUUAAACAAGCCUCAUUCAUGAAUGUACUUGCUUUUCUAUCGAAUGGGAUGAAAAUAAAAUAUUCACCGACUGCUGUA